UAAGCAAUGGAGAAAAAGCAAGAAAAGAAAAGGAUAGUGUUAGUUCCAGUUCCAGCACAAGGACAUGUAACUCCCUUUAUGCAGCUUGGGAAAGCCCUUAGUUUGAAAGGCUUCUUAAUUACAGUAGCUCAGGGACAGUUCAAUCGAAUAAGCCCUUCACCAGACUUCCCUGGGUUUCAGUUUGUCACCAUACCCGAAAGCUUACCUGAGUCUGAACUGAAGAGACUCGGGCCAAUCGAGUUUGCGUUAAAGCACAACAAAACGAACGAGGCAAGCUUCAAGGAUUGUAUAGCUCAGUUGUUGCUUCAACAAGGUAAUGAUAUAGCAUGUAUCAUCUAUGACGAGUCCAUGUACUCGUGUGAAGCUGCAGCUAGAGAGUUUAAGAUUCCCUGUGUCAUCUUCACCACUACAAGUGCUACAAAUCAUGCAUCACGAUGCGUUCUCAGCAAACUCAAUGCCGAGAGGUUCUUCUCCGACAUAGAAGAUCCAGAAGUGCAAGACAAGGUGGUUGAAAAUUUGUAUCCAUUAAGAUACAAACACCUACGACCUUCAGGACUUGGGCCAUUAGAGCCACAUCUGGAGAUGCGUAGGGAAAUAGUCAACAAAAGAACAGCUUCCGCUUUCAUCAUAAACACGUCAAACUGUCUAGAGAGCUUGUCUCUGUCUUGGCUGCAACAAGAACUCAAAAUUCCAGUGUACCCCUUAGGCCCUCUUCACAUUACAGCUUCAGCGCCUUCCAGUUUAUUGAAACAAGACAGAAGCUGCAUUGAAUGGCUGAACAAGCAGAAACCGAGGUCAGUCAUAUACAUAAGCAUGGGAAGCAUGGCUCACAUGGAAACCAAGGAAGUUGUGGAGACUGCGUGGGGGUUGUCUGAUAGCAACCAACCAUUCUUAUGGGUCACCGGAAGCGGUUCUAUCACUUGUCCCGAUUGGAUAGAGACAUUUCCAGAGGAACUGCGAAAGACGGUGUCAGAAAGAGGAUACAUUGUGAAAUGGGCACCGCAGAUAGAAGUACUUGCGCAUCCUGCAGUGGGGGGCUUCUGGAGCCACUGUGGAUGGAACUCAACGCUCGAGAGCAUUGCGGAAGGAGUUCCAAUGAUUUGCAGGCCUUUUCAUGGCGAGCAGUUGUUAAACGCUAUGUAUAUAGAAAGCGUCUGGAGUGUAGGAAUUCAGCUUGAAGGUGAAGUUGAAAGAGUAACGGUCGAGAGAGCUGUGAAAAGGUUGAUUGUGGAUGAAGAAGGUGCAUGCAUGAGGGAUAGAGCUCGUCUUCUAAAAGACAAGGUCAAAGCUAGUGUGAGAAACGGAGGCUCUUCAUAUAAUGCAUUGGAUGAGCUCGUCAAGUACUUGGAGACUGACUAAGGAGCUGCACUUCAUGUAUUACAAUAGAUCACUGAAUGAUUGGUUCAUCAGGAAAAAAAAAACAGAUCAGUGAAUGUUUUGAUCAAAUAAAAUUCGUGAAGUACAUGGUUUUCUUUUAAAUCCAUUUUAAAAAAAAAAAAAAAAAAAAGCAAUUCAAAUCAAUUAUGAGUCUCUUUUGG